CUUUUGCUUCACGCCCGCGAGGCCGACGGACGGAUCUGGGAGCUCUGCCCGGCGGGAGAGGACGCGGCGGCCCUGGGGCCCCUCGGCGGCGCCGGCGGCAUCAGCUCCUCCGCGAGGGUUAACUGCCGUCCCCGCAGAGGCUUCCUCUCGCAGGCCCGGGAACGUGGAUACCGCGCCCGCAGGAUGUUCGCCGGCUGGGCUGGGCAGUCAGGAAACAUGAGAAGGCCCGGGUAUUCCUGUUCCCGGGCCGCGCGCGCCCGUCUGGGUAAAUAAAGCCGCGACGCCGGCGGUGGCGGCGGUGAGCGCGCCGGAGCCCGCACCGAGAACAUGCGGCGGGGAUGGGAGUGCGCCUAGGCUCGACGCGGGAGAGCCAGCUGCCCUGCCGCCGGCCGCGGGCCCCCCGGCCACAGAACCCGAGCCUUGCGGAGCUCCUGGCGGCCCGGCCCGGAGGCCCUGCGGCUGUGCCGCGCGCCCCUGCCCGUCUGCACCAUGAACACCAUCGUCUUCAACAAGCUCAGCGGCGCGGUGCUUUUUGAGGACCGAGGCGCUUCGGAGCGGGAGCGGGGCGGCCGGCCCUUCGGCGGCGUCCUGGACAGUCCCCACGCCCGCCCCGAGGUGGGCAUUACGGACGGCCCGCCCCUCAAGGACAACCUGGGUCUGCGACACCGAAGGACCGGGGCCCGGCAGAACGGCGGGAAGGUGAGGCACAAGAGGCAGGCCCUGCAAGACAUGGCGCGGCCCCUUAAGCAGUGGCUUUACAAGCACCGCGACAACCCGUACCCAACCAAGACGGAGAAGAUACUCCUGGCGCUCGGCUCGCAGAUGACGCUAGUGCAGGUGUCAAAUUGGUUUGCUAAUGCAAGACGUCGGCUUAAGAAUACCGUUCGACAGCCAGAUUUAAGCUGGGCCUUAAGAAUCAAGUUGUACAACAAGUAUGUUCAAGGCAACGCUGAGCGGCUUAGUGUAAGCAGUGAUGAUUCAUGUUCUGAAGAUGGAGAAAAUCCCCCACGAAACCACAUGAACGAAGGGAGCUACGAUAAUCCAGUUCACCAUCCUGUGAUUAAAAGUGAGAGCUCGGUCAUAAAAGCUGGCGUGAGGCCCGAGUCUCAGGCCAGCGAGGACUAUGUUUCGCCCCCAAAGUACAAGAGCAGUUUAUUGAAUCGUUACCUUAACGACUCUUUGAGACAUGUCAUGGUCACAAACGCUGCCAUGAUAGGAAAGACAAGGCAAAGAAACCACUCGGGAUCUUUUAGUUCCAAUGAAUUCGAGGAGGAGUUGGUAUCUCCCUCGUCAUCAGAGACCGAAGGCAACUUUGUCUAUCGCACAGACCCUCUGGAAAAUGGAUCCAAUAAGGGUGACAGUGCAGCUAAUAGAAAGGGCCCGAGCAAGGAUGACACAUACUGGAAGGAGAUCAAUGCGGCCAUGGCCUUAACAAACCUCGCACAGGGAAAAGAGCAACCGCAGGGGACCACCAGCUGCAUCAUCCAGAAGUCAUCCCACAUAGCAGAAGUAAAGACAGUUAAAGUGCCCCUGGUUCAGCCGUUUUGAGAGUCUGUCGCUUUGCAGAUCUACGGCCCUUCUUCACGUCAGUGGUUUUUCAUAAACCCUCAUCCUAAGAGCUGGAGCAGGAGGGAACACGACUCCCUUGCAAACCUCUCCUUAUUUUUAAUCGUCCUAAAUAUAUCAUUUAGUGGCUUCUUAAAAGACGUAUAAAUUAUAAAACCUCACUUUAAUCAAAACUAUGAACUUAUUUUAUGUUACGCCAAGUAUGCAUAAAAUGUCUGCAUUGCCGUUCCAAUAAAGUGCCUUGCUUUCCCCAAAAUAAGCUACAACGUGGGCAUAGUAGAGCAGCUGUGCCUCAAAAUGACACCACCACAUUGCUUCUUAGACUGUGGGUGCCUCUCCAGAUGGACCUACUCAAGCCAGGACUGAACCCGUACUUGCUGCAAAAGCCCUUGUAAUGUAUUCAGUAAUUCACAUUAAAACUUAGAAAUCUAGUCAGCCUACAGGAAACGUUCCUUUAAAAAACAACUUCGGCAGUAUUUAAAAUCGUGCAGUGUGCUUUGCAGAAUGACAGUGAGAACUCUCUGCAGGUAUCUUGCCUGCAUAUCUGGGAGGUUACAAACUUCCGAAAUGAAAGGCAUGGGAAUCAUGUAAUGUAUACGUUCAAGAAAAAUGGCAAUGGAUGUGAUCAGAAAAAAAAAGGUUUCCGCACUGCUGGAAAACACUACAAUGCUCUCUAGAACGAAUUUGGAUUUUCUUUUUCUCACAUUUUGUCGAAGUUUUAAAAAAACUUUACCAUCAAAAUAACUCAAAAUUUUCCCAUAUAAAACUAAAUCUACAGUUGAGUGUAAAAAUAUAAUCCUGUUUGCAUCAGAGUUCAGUAUUUUGGGUUUUUUUAUAUUGGAAACGUUUUCAUAUGGAAUGGCUAAGAACCUCUUAUUUGGUUCAUUCGAAUUACACUUGCUGGUCGACAGUGUAUAUUGCAUUGAGAACAAGGCAAUAAAAGAAAUGUAUCUUUAUGUGAAUAUACCUAUACACAACAAAAUUGAUUUUUAAAUUUAAAACAUACGGAAAACAAAACAUUGAACAGUCUUUGAAUUUCGCCAAGUAGAACAUUAAGGUAAAAAUUACAUGAAAUCAUGCAUGAAGAGAAAUAAGAACAUUUUUUGUUUCUGAAUUAGACUGUCAUUGAGUGAGAAUAAUCAAUAUCAAGAAAGAAGAUCUUUUUCGAUCAGACAUUAAUAUUCUGAUCAGCUUGGGAAGACUUGAAAUUUGAGUAAACAGUAAAGAUGCCAACCAUAGCAGAGUAUUUGUGCUCAGAGAAGGAAGAAGGAUUUGACUCUUUUAUGGUGGGAUGUUUUUUCUGGGUAUGUAAUCUAUUUUGUAAAAAAAAUUCUUUUAAACUGGAAAGCAUUUUUGUGAGCGUGAAUGAGAGCCAACAGUGCAGCCAAGUGGUGGACAUUUUUCUUUAUUUUGCAAAAUGCUUUUAAAACCAAAGGCUGCUCUCGUGGAUAUACGGACAAUAUCAGUCUUGAUAUAAAUGGUAGGACAGUUUUUCAUGUAACAUAGCAUUGGGGGACUGGGUUUAUUUAGUGUCAUGAAAAUAAUUUGAUACAAAAAUAUUUUGUAUAUAUAUAUAUUUUUACUUUGUUUUCUAAAUUGCUGUUUGCAGUAAGAGUAAGUGCAAAGCAAGAUAUGUAAGUUAUGACUGUAUGAUCAGAUGAAGUAUGCGUUCUUUUGGUUUACAUCCUUAAAUAGUUACAGAUCCAUGAUAAAAACUUUGGACUCUUUAUAAAACAGUGUUGCCAAAGUGUGAUCAUGUCAGUGCCAACGAAAGACAAGUACUUCACUCUUUUUCAUACUAUUAUAAGUUAUUCUAGUAUUAAAUAUUUUAAUAAAACUGUCUUUGUUUUGA